CGGGAAAAUGCGAGGCUUCGGAGACCGGGGCCGCGACCGUGACCGCGGCGGGUUUGGUAGUCCUCUGCCCCCAAAGAAAUUUGGUAAUCCAGGGGAGCGUCUACGCAAAAAGAAGUGGGACCUGAAUGAGCUGCCCAAAUUUGAGAAGAACUUUUAUGUGGAGCAUCCAGAAGUGGCCAGGCUAACGCCUUAUGAAGUUGAAGAAGUGCGACGAAAGAAAGAGAUUACAGUUAGGGGGACAGAUGCCUGCCCCAAACCUGUGUUUGCCUUCCACCAUGCUAACUUCCCACAGUAUGUAAUGGAUGUCUUGAUCGAUCAGAAUUUCACAGAACCCACUCCAAUUCAGUGCCAGGGCUUCCCAUUGGCCCUCAGUGGCAGAGAUAUGGUGGGCAUCGCUCAGACAGGCUCCGGGAAGACCUUGGCAUACUUGCUGCCUGCAAUUGUUCACAUUAACCACCAGCCAUACUUGGAGAGGGGAGACGGUCCAAUUUGUUUGGUUCUAGCUCCUACCCGAGAGCUGGCCCAGCAAGUCCAGCAGGUGGCUGAUGAUUAUGGCAAAUGCUCAAGACUUAAGAGUACCUGCAUAUAUGGAGGAGCACCCAAAGGUCCCCAAAUCCGAGACCUGGAGAGAGGCGUUGAGAUCUGCAUUGCCACACCUGGCCGCUUGAUUGACUUCCUGGAGGCAGGAAAGACCAAUCUUCGCCGAUGUACGUACCUUGUGCUGGAUGAAGCGGAUAGGAUGUUGGAUAUGGGCUUUGAACCCCAAAUUCGUAAAAUUGUUGACCAGAUACGGCCUGACCGGCAAACUCUGAUGUGGAGUGCCACUUGGCCAAAGGAAGUGCGCCAGCUUGCUGAGGAUUUUCUGCGUGACUAUGUUCAAAUCAACGUGGGCAACCUGGAGCUGAGUGCUAACCACAACAUCCUGCAAAUAGUGGAUGUAUGCAUGGAGAGCGAGAAGGACCAUAAACUAAUUCAACUGAUGGAAGAAAUCAUGGCUGAGAAAGAGAACAAAACUAUCAUAUUUGUUGAAACAAAAAGACGAUGUGAUGACCUCACUCGAAGAAUGCGCAGGGAUGGCUGGCCAGCUAUGUGUAUCCAUGGAGACAAGAGUCAGCCAGAAAGAGACUGGGUACUUAACGAAUUCCGUUCUGGAAAGGCUCCUAUCCUCAUCGCUACAGAUGUUGCAUCUCGUGGGCUAGAUGUGGAAGACGUUAAGUUUGUGAUAAACUACGACUAUCCGAACAGCUCUGAGGAUUAUGUGCACCGAAUCGGCCGCACUGCCCGUAGCACCAACAAGGGCACUGCCUACACCUUCUUCACGCCGGGGAACCUGAAACAGGCCAGGGAGCUGGUCAAAGUGUUGGAGGAAGCCAACCAGGCCAUCAAUCCAAAACUGAUGCAGCUUGUGGACCACAGAGGAGGAGGAGGUGGUGGUGGAGGAGGUCGUUCUCGUUACCGUACUGCUGCCAGUUCAGCCAACAAUCCUAACCUGAUGUACCAGGAUGAGUGUGAACGGAGGCUCCGGGGAGUAAAAGAUGGCCGGAGAGACCGUGACCGUGGCGACAGUUUUGCCAAUGGAGCCAACAAAACCUAUGGCAGUGCUUAUGGAAGUCCGAAUUCCGCCUUUGGGGCGCAGCAGAGCCAAUAUGGCUAUGCCCAAGGGAGCUAUGGAGCAGCUGCCUAUGGCACAAGUGGUUAUGGCACUGCAGAAUACAAUGCUAGUGGCUAUGCUGCCGCUAGCACUGCCACCGCUGGGAGAACCGCUCAAACCGCCACCCAACCGCAGUAUGCAGGGAUAGCUCGGUCAGGCCAGCAGCCUCAGCCUCUCAUGUCACAACAAUUUCCUCAGCCUCCGGCCACUAACAUGAUAGGCUAUAUGGGACAGACUGCCACAUACCAGUAUCCACCACCUCCCCCACCCCCUCCUCCUUCACGCAAAUGAGACCACUUGGCUGCUGGUGACCAGUCUAGACCUCUUGCAUUUAAAGGAACUUUUCUUUCUUUCUUUUU